UACUUCCUGUCCGCGCCGCUCGGUCAGCUGUCACAGAGGAGCACGCAGGCGGAGAGGAGCGCAGCACCCGAGAGAACAUGGCGAGUUUUAACAACAAGUUCAGCGCCUACUCGAUGACUGAGCUCAACGAAGUCCUGGAGGACGACGAGAAACUCUCCACGAUGAUCCGGGAGCUGGACGAGAUGCAGGAAGUCCAGCAGAGCAAGGAGACCACGCUGGUCAGCAACCGGACCCUGGCGGAGCAGAACCUGGCCCUGCAGCCCCGACUGGACCACAAGAAGGACGAGCUCACCAAGCGCUACCGCGGCCUGCAGGAGAGCUUCGAGUCCUUCCAGCUGCGCAAGUCCGCCCUAGACCACAUGGCAGGGAACACCUCCCUGGACGUCCUGCUGGCGCUGCUGCAGACGGAGGGAGCCAAGAUAGAGGAGGAGACGGAGAACAUGGCCGACUCGUUCCUGGACGGCGACGUGACCCUGGACUCCUUCAUCGACAGCUACCAGAGCAACAGGACGUUGGCCCACUUGAGGCGGGUGAAGAUCGAGAAGCUGCAGGAGAUGCUGCUCGCCGGCCACCGGCUCCCGCAGGCGGCCGGCUCUUGGGCCCAGGACGCGGCGGCGGGACCGUGGCUCUCCUCCUCCUCCUCCCUCUUCGGCGAGGCCGGCAGCGGCUCCUCCCCCGUCGCCCAGCCCCGGAGGAAACCCCCGGGCCCCCCGACCCAGCCGGCCCCGGUGCUGACGUCGGCGCCGACCGCCCCGCAGCCGUCUCCGGCGCUCUCCUCGGCCUCGCCGUACCCGCCCAUUCCUCCCAGGACGGGCCAACCCUUCCCCGGCGUCCCGUCCGGCUACCCGACCCACUUCCUGUCUCAGUACCCGCCGGCCGUGCCCCAGCGGCCCGCGCCCCGCAUGGCGCCGCAGCCCGGCUUCAUCAUGCAGUAGACGGACGCGCGGCGGAGACCUUUUGGUUUUUACGCGACCGGAACUCGAACCUGAGAAUGAUUUUAUAAUUUUUUUUGUAUUCCUACGACGGCCGCCUCGUCUUGGAAUACGACCAAUCGCAAUGCAAGAGGGCGGUCCCAGCAUCCGGUCUGGCCAUGUUCAGCUAAAUCUCCGAUAAUCUCCGUGGAUCCGCUCUCACCUCUCGCUUCUAAUAAUCAAAACAACAACAACUCAAAUGAGGAGGCGGGCCCUCUGGCUGUGGACUGAGCUGGGACUCGUCAUGAAUCAGAGCCGUCUCCGCCUUGGUUCCUCGAGCUUUUACGGAACGUUAAUCCUAAAAAUACAAAAACACGCGGCAUACUAACUUAAUGAUGAUGUAUAUGCAAGAAAAAAGAGACCCGAACAUUACUGUGCAGCAUCCCAGGAUGCAUUCAGGCGGACAAACUGAAUCUGCGCUGUGACGUACAUUUCUUUUGAGAAGUCUGACAAAUCAUUUUUGAGUGAUUUAUAGAUAUUUGAGCGUCGGCGUCAUAGAGAGAGGGAGGAAGGAGGGAGAGAGGGAGGGAGGGAGUCUGGACUUGCGCGGCCCCAAGAUGGCUGACUGUGGGGCUCGGUCCGUCUCGGUGUCUGAACUGUCGCCUGGAAUGAAGGAUUCUGCAAAGCCGUCCCGUGAACAUCGGGCGUGUUGUUCUUCUGAGGGUUCCGUUGUGAUGCAACACUCCAAUUAUAUUAUUACUUUUUUUUUAACACACUUUUUUUUGUUUUUAAAUCCUCCUGGAUUGGGAUCAGGGAUCGCAGCGACGGUGCUGAGGCCCCGCCCCCUAACCCCUGCGUUUUCUUUUCCGCCAAAUACUCCAACCCUCCGUGUUCGUGCACCGCCGCCCCCAACCAGUCUCAAACACUCCAUUUUGUAUAUGUGCGAGGGGGAUUGUUUUUGCGAGAGCAAGCUGGCUUUGGGAGGAACCAUUUAGUCCCCCCCCCCCCAGCCGCCGUUGAAGAGCCACGAGUGCCUACACUUGAAGUGACGUCGAUGGCGUCCAGCUGACUCCUCCCAGGACGGGCCAACCCCCAAGCCAUGUUUCUCCUUGUCCAGCUGUAGAGGAUCGAACCACGUCCCCCCCUGACCCCCAGCAAGCCUGAGCAGUUGGUCCUCUCCGUCGACUGCUGCUGAUUUUAUGUCCCGCCGGAUGGUAGGAAAAGGCAGCAUCUGACUUACUGACUGUCGGGCUUUUGCAGAAUCGCCUGGACACAGCGACACGCUAAACACGCGCCAGAGGGGGGGGGGGGAUGUAUUGUCGUAGCUGUUAUUAUUGUUCUUUUUUUCUUAUCUUAAUUGGUAAAAUAACAGGAUUCCGAAUUGUUCCGCUUCACAUCUGGAGGAUGACGCCCUCCCUCGAUGCCGAGAAGCGGUCCGCAGGACGAGUGAAGCGCACCUGUCGGCGGGCAGAACUACAGAAAUGGCUGAAGCUAGAACAUCCAAAUCAUGAUGAAUCAGCAUUUCUGGAAAUAAAACUAACGAUGGAUAAUUAUUGAGUGCAUGCUCUUUUGCUCUUUGUGUCCAGUCUGAUUCCUCUUUGCAUACUUUGUUUGUUUAGCUGCUCUCGACGUUCCACCCGAUCCUCGCUCCAGGGUUUUAUGUGUAAUGUUGUAGGUAUUUACUUAUAAAUGUUUCAGUGGCAUUUAAUGCUAUUUUCAAGUUCAAUAAAUCUCAGAUUUUUAUAUCUGCUUUCA